CCAAUAAAAAAUAAUAAUAAAUAAAAUAUAUAAAUAUAGCCUUAAUGAAUGAGGCACCUGGAACAAAUCAGACCAACUUUCAUAGAGAUCUCAGAUUCAAGUUCCAAUCCAGAACAACCUAUAUACAUAUAUAGCUUUACUUUAACAAAACCCAGGUGGAGAAAUUCUGAAUUACUACUUAUUAUGGGAGGUGUCAGCUUGGAAAGUGUGAUUAUAUUUUUUGGGUUGCUAGGUAAUAUUAUGUCAGGGCUACUUUACCUCUCUCCUGCAGAUGUUUUCUGGCGAAUCUUGAAGCGAAAAUCAACAGAAGAAUUUGAGAGCAUCCCUUAUGUAUCCAAGUUAUUGAAUGCAUAUUUUUGGGUUUACUAUGGACUUAUUAAGCCGAAGAGCCUGCUUGUUGCCACAAUCAACAUAUUUGGUGGUGUUGUGGAGGUCAUUUUUCUCACCAUUUUCUUACUUUAUGCACCUCCAAGAAUGAAGACCAGGACUGCCAUACUCGUUGCUGUUCUCGAUGUGGGAUUUCCUGCAGCAGCAAUUUUGUUGACUCAAUUUUUGCUACAUGGAGAAAAACGAAUCGAUGUUGCAGGCUUAUUUUGUGUAAUCUUCAGUAUGAUAGCAUAUGCUUCACCCCUAUCAGCCAUGAAAACAGUGGUGUUGACAAAUAGUGUAGAAUAUAUGCCUUUCUUUCUCUCAUUGAUCUUUUUCGUAAAUGGUGGAGUGUGGACCAUUUAUGCUGUGCUUGCAAAGGACUUGUUUGUUGGAAUACCAAAUGGGACUGGAUUUUUGCUAGGAACUGCUCAGCUGAUUCUCUAUGGAAUAUAUUGGAAACCUAAAAGUCAGACACCUAAGCAAGAUGUGGAAGAUGAAGAGGAUCAAAAACGCCAACCACUUAUCAAUGAUUCUUCCAACUUGAACCAGAAAAAUUGACCAUUUACUGCUUCGCUAGCUAAUCUCAUAAUAAAAGAGUAAGCGUCCUCUGCUUUUUUUAUUUUUAUUUUUUUUCUUUUUGGGAUCCUUGUCUAUGGUUGUUUUUCAAUUUUGACGGUGGAUUGUUAAUUCAAUGUCGCUAUCAAACUGUUUGGUAAAUGAAAAAGUUUAAAAGUAAAUAAAAUUCAAAAUACAUACUGUAAUA